AUGGCUCCAAGGCCAGAAGUGGGGACUGAUUCUUCUCCCACUCUUGAUGAUAAUAACACUCCAUCCAAAGAUGCAGCCAUUCUACCGGCUUAUUCUACUGUGGACUUAGUGGAUGAGGAUCCGGCAGAAGAUCCUUGGGAUCUCCCAGAGCUGAGAGACACCGGGGUCAAAUGGUCAGACCUGGACACGAAGGGAAAGAUUUUGAGGGUACUGACUGCUAUAUUGAAGCUUGCCAUGCUGCUUGGAUUCCUAUACAUGUUUGUCUGCUCUCUGGAUGUCUUGAGCUCUGCCUUCCAGCUAGUCGGAGGCAAGGCUGCUGGUGACAUCUUCCAGGACAGUGCUGUGUUGUCCAACCCUGUGGCUGGACUGGUGAUCGGGGUGUUAGUCACAGUGCUGGUGCAGAGCUCCAGCACCUCCUCCUCAAUUGUGGUCAGCAUGGUGUCCUCAGGAUUGCUAGAGGUGCAGUCUGCAGUGCCAAUUAUCAUGGGUGCCAAUAUUGGGACAUCAGUCACCAAUACCAUUGUGGCUAUGAUGCAGGCAGGAGACCGAAAUGAGUUCCGCAGAGCAUUUGCUGGUGCUACUGUCCAUGAUUUCUUCAACUGGCUGUCUGUGCUGAUCCUUCUGCCCCUGGAAGUAGCCACAGGAGUUUUAUACAAGCUCACCAAGCUUUUGAUCGACUCCUUCCAGAUCGAGAGUGGGGAGAAUGCCCCCGACCUGCUCAAUGUCAUCACAGACCCGCUUACCGACUCCAUCAUCCAGCUUGACAAAUCUGUCAUCAGCGGCAUUGCCACUGGUGACGAAGCAGCCAAGAACAAGAGCCUGAUCAAAAUAUGGUGUAAAACGAAGAUCAACACGACCUUUUAUAAUGAGACAGUGGAGAACUGUACAGGCAAUGCCAUUUGUUGGGAAGAGGGCAACCUAACCUGGACUCAGAAGAACAUAACUGAGACCAUCUAUCUCAAGAAAUGUGACCACAUCUUUGCGAAUGCUAACCUUCCUGACCUGGCUGUUGGCCUCAUUCUUCUCGCCCUGUCUUUACUUGUCCUCUGCACCUGCCUCAUCCUCAUCGUCAAGCUGCUCAACUCCAUGCUGAAGGGACAGGUGGCUGUUGUCAUCAAGAAGGUGCUAAACACAGACUUCCCCUUCCCCUUUGCUUGGGUAACCGGCUACAUUGCUAUUUUGGUGGGAGCAGGAAUGACCUUCAUUGUUCAGAGCAGCUCUGUCUUCACUUCAGCUAUAACUCCCCUUGUCGGUAUUGGUGUCAUUAGCCUUGAGAGAGCCUAUCCUCUGACCCUGGGGUCAAAUAUUGGCACAACGACCACUGCUAUACUUGCUGCUAUGGCUAGCCCCAGUGAAACGCUAGCCGAGUCCCUGCAGAUUGCACUUUGUCAUUUCUUCUUCAACAUUAUGGGUAUCCUGCUGUGGUAUCCUAUCCCCUUCACGCGGAUACCCAUCAGGUUGGCCAGAGGACUGGGGAACCGCACGGCUAAAUACCGGUGGUUUGCUGCAUUCUACCUCUUCCUUUGCUUUUUGGUGAUGCCUCUGACUGUAUUUGGCUUGUCACUGGCGGGCUGGCAGGUCCUGGUUGGUGUUGGUGUGCCCAUCAUUGUUCUGAUCAUUUUUGUGAUCAUUGUAAAUGUGAUGCAAUCUCGUUGCCCACGCUACCUGCCCAGUAUCUUGCGCAACUGGGACUUUUUGCCCCGUCCUCUGCACUCCUUGGCACCCUGGGAUAGAGUGGUGACCUCUAUGACGGGCUUCUGUGGCAAACACUGUUGCUGCUGCAAGUGCUGCAAGUGCUGCAGGUCCACUGAGGAUGAAAAGAUUCGGAAGAACAGCAAGAAGAGUCUGGAAAUGUACGAUAACCCAGCCAUGUCGAAGGAUGAAGAUCCAGACGAGACAACUAAAGAGGGUGUCAAAGCUACACCUCUUUAA